AUGGUAUAUGCGGCUCACUCUCCGACUACUGUAUAUAGGAUCGUAUUUCGUGUUGUAAUCUACAAUACGAGUACUAUACUGGGUUUGCAUCUCAUCAUCACAGUACACGGUAUGUUCACAUUCACAAUUCCAUCGGAAUCUAUCAGCUACGGAUAUGCAGUGUUCCAGUCUAAAGGCGAUCUUACACAGCUCAACAUCGAGGUUACUGGGUCCGAAGGCGAACAUGUGUUCUCAGUGCGAAUCAACAAGGGUCUCUUGAAACAGCAUAAGUAUCGACGAAACAAGGAAUCUGACGAGGAUUGGGAAAAGGUAGUGCGGUGGGUUUUUACGGGCGAAGCCGGAGAGGGAUUUGAAGCAGAAAGCGUGAUUACUCAAUGCUCAUACGAUAGCAUGGACAAAUCUUUGAGUGUAUCAAUCCGAAGGAGAAAAAGCGACGGCAUUGUCGCCCGACUGGGUGAUAUCGAAUUGAAGGAGACGUCAACAGGUGAUCCGGAUCUCAUGACAUGGGUACGUAGUAUCGACGAAAGUAGAACGAACGUUCAGAAGACUCUACGGGAAACGCGUAUCCAGACAAACAUGUAUAAGGGGCGAUGCGUGGAGUUGGAGAAGCAAUUGCAGAGCCUCAUAGCAGAGAAGAGGAGAUAUGAGAAGGAACUGGUGAACAAGUUUUCGGCUCUCUUGAAUACAAAGAAGAGAAAGAUGCGUCAGUUCGAAGGGGAGUUUAGCGAUGGAUUCGGCGACUACGUGAAGAAGGAGGAAUUCGUCAUUCCUGAGUUAGCUGAAAAGGUCGAGCAUCUCCCGCCUUUCAAACCCAACUCACCUGCAAUGAUGGUGAAGGAGGAAGAGACGAUCUCGGAAGGCCUUCUUAACCCUGACCCAAAGGAGCCCAUCGAACUGGAUUCCGAUGCCACAGUCGAGAGUGAUUAA